CGCGCGCGCGCGCGCGCGUUUGUACACGGUCACGGGGAAUCCGUGGGAGCGCAAACUCCUCCCACGCAAUGAACAUCUCCAGCGACUAGUGCGGUGCGUGGGGAGGGGGUUGCCUCGCGCUCGGAGCUCGGGCUGCAGUGAACACACCACUACAAAUCUGCUCUUGAACAUGUAACGGGAGUGCAGUUCCCGGGAUCUUCACGAGCGAGCGCCGCGGCAGGCAUUCAACAGGUGAAAAGGUUAACAAUGCACUGACCAAUAGGAUCGCAAGACCUGCCACAAUUGUCAAAAGAUGAAUGUUAUCGUCUGAAGGACCAGGCAGAUGACCUUUUUGGGAUGUGUAGAUGAACUGAAGCAAUCCUUCAUUCUGACUGAGGAGUCCAGCUGCAUUCAUGAAGCAUAAUUGUUAUUGGUUUGUGGCCAGUUUGAUUGGCUAAGUUUUCCUGGAGCUCUGUGAGUAGAUCUUUAAAUGGUCAUGGCAAAAACAACUGAGUCACUUAAUUUGUCCUUCCUCCUGGAGCACGAAAGGCAGAUGAUCUUGAGUGUUCUCCAGAAAGACGAGAAACUCCGCAAACGAGAGGAGAAACGCAUCAGGAAGUUGAAAAAUGAACUUCUGGAACUGAAGCGAGCCGGGCGGCGUAGUUCAGCGGAUCAACGCGAGUGUGCUAUAUGUCUGCGUGCUCUGGGUCUCAUCCUGCAGAGGGGCAAUGUGUGUACCAUCUGUCAUCGGCGCAUCUGCAACUUCUGCACUGCUACGCCUCCAGGCAGCAACUGCAAAUGCACUGUGUGUGCGAAGACUGCGGAGCUGAAGGUGGUUACAGGAGAAUGGUUUCUGGAAAAGAGAUCCAAGAGGUUUCAACAUGCCAGCAUUACCAGCAGUGAUGUAGUCAAACAGUCAAUCCUCAGCAGUCCUCCAGAUGGAGGCUCUGCUCACAUAUCAUCAGAGAUGGAGAGAUCGUCCACACCACAGCCUGAGAGAUCAGCUACGCCCCAAUCCCAGAAAAGCGCAGGGAAGAACAGGAAAGGGAAGAGAGCGGUUGCAGUGGAAUCAUCAGGGUUACCAACAGUACCCAAUAACAUGAGAGCACAAAUGGUCAAAACACCAACCCAGACGGAGGCAAGAAACAGGCCGGAUGGGGCAGAGAGCGUGUCUAGUAUACAAAGCAGUGAUCGUGUUCCUGAAAAGAUGGCGGAUGGGCGGAGACACACAGAUUCUAGCACACCCUCUAUCGCCAUAUCCAGAGCCUCCCUCUCAUCAGAUCGCAGUCGCUCUGAGGUGGACCUCAGUAAUCCUGUUGAGGGGUUCAGUGAAGACCCUCUGAUUAGUCGAUGCCGCUCUGUUCCAGGCCUGAACGAUGUGGACUCAGAUGAGGACAUUGAUGCCGUGUUAUCAGCACACUAUAAAACCAACCUGAGCGUCUGCAGUGCGCAAUCAAUGUCUUCCACACCUGCCUCGGAGAGAAAGUGGGGUUUCCUAAAUGUACCUGACUCAGAUGCUGACACUACCAGCAUCAACAGUAUGAUGAGUGUGUACAGUGAGACAGGGGACUAUGGCAACGUGCGGGUUUCCGGGGAGAUCCUGCUCAACAUCUCUUACAGCUAUAAAACAGGGGCACUCAACGUGCUCAUCCGCGAGUGCCGCUGCCUAGCAACCGGGGAUGAUAGGAGACAACGCACGGAUGCCUAUGUUAAAACAUAUCUCCUGCCAGACAAGUCCCGUCAAAGCAAGAGGAAAACUAGCAUCAAGAGCAACACCACUAACCCAGUGUUCAAUGAAAACCUGAGGUACGUGGUCAGUCACUCUCAGCUGGAGACACGCACACUGCAGGUUUCUGUGUGGCAUCAUGAUCGUUUUGGACACAACAGCUUCCUGGGGGAGACCGAGCUGACCUUUGACUCCUGGGAGUUUGACACGCAAAUAGAGGAGUGGUUCGCUCUGCAGCCCAGGAAUGAGUCUUACGGGGACUCAGUGAUGCACUACAAAGGGGAACUGACGGUGGUUUUGAAGUACAUUCCUGCAGAGAGAAAUAUCUCCCUGCCUCUGGACCAAGUUCAAGUGAAAAAGGGAUUUCUAAAAGGAAAGAAGAAGACCAUCACUCUCCCUAAAGGAGGAAUGGUGGAGCUGCUGGUUAAAGAGGCAAAAAGCCUGACAGCCGUCAAAGGAGGGUCCUGUGACCCGUUUGUCAAAGGAUACCUGCUGCCUGAUGACAAGAAAAGCACAAAGCACAAGACGGCUGUGGUGAAGCGUGCUGUAAACCCACGCUGGAAUCACACCUUCACAUACUGCGGCCUGCAGCACAGCGAUCUGGACAGCGUGUGUCUGGAGCUGACAGUGUGGGACAGAGAGCCGUUGGCCAGCAACGUCUUCCUGGGUGGUGUGCGGCUCGGGGCAGGAACAGGUCUGAGUUAUGGGAAGGAAGUAGAUUGGAACGAUGCCUACGGGGAGGAGCAGCGACUAUGGCAACGCAUGAUUGACAACCCUGAGGUCCCGCAAGAGUGCACACUGAUGCUGCGAUCCAGCAUGGCCAAGAGGAAAACAUAGAGAGAAACAAAAAAUGUUUCCCUGGCAAUACUCAUUAAAUCUUAUCACCUCUAGACACUUUAAAGUGCUCUUUAUGUUCUUUGGCAGUACUCAAACUAGAUUCUCCCAGAUUCUCAUUCCAACAUUCAUAUGCACUCUAAAUUCUCAAAAUAUACAUAUAUACACACAUAUGCACCUCUAAGGUCCUAUUUACACCUGGCAUUAAGAGCCUUCUUGGCCGAGACAGACUGGCAUUUACAUCUGAUGUUAACAUGUUUCUCAAAUGUGUCUCUUGUGACCACAUGGGAUCAGAUUUCAAAGGAAAGAAACUCAGAUUUUUAUGACUGCAUACAUCAUUUAUGUCAAUGCAGUACUGCAUGUUGAUAAAGCAUAAAAAAAUUAAAAAGAAAAAGGAAGAGAAAAAUUGUUCAAAGUCUCUUCCAAAUACAUUUAAAUUUUAAUCUAAGCACAAACAAAUUUUCAAGCAGCAUUCACAAUUUUUUUGUUGUUGUGUGCCUGUAUUAAGCACCCUUCAAAAGUGUGUGCUUCAAAUUAUGUUGAUAUUAGGCUUACUGAAUUUUUUUUUUAAUUGGACAGUUGAUUUUAAAGCUACAUGUUGCUAGCAGAGUUGUACUUUUCUGCCGCAGUGUAUGAUCACUGACCUGUCAUCAUAUAGCACUGCAAACCUGUGAUUGAACAGCUGAGAAGAGACGAAUCUCAUACCAGGUGUAAAUGGUGCGACAAGCUACACACCAGCCCAGGUGUUAAUAUAUUUUUAACCAAAUGCUCAUUGGUCAUAACUCUAAACAGUACAUAAGGACUAUUUCAAAAGAGCACAGUGAACAUUAUCAACAAUCAAAGAAACGUUUGUCCUGAAAGAACAAAGCACAAAGCACUUCCUCCAAACACACACACACACACACACA